AUGGCCGUUGCAAUCAAUAUACUUCUUGGAUGCGUCAUUGAUCCAUCUCGAACGGUAGCUGAGAUCGAUGUGAAUGAAAUGAAGCAAAUGAUAUUCCGAGCGGAAGUCCAUCAUAACGUGGCGUGCACUGCCCUUGACAUUGAUCAGUGGGAUAAGUUCAAGUCUAUUAUGGGUUCAUGCCCACUAUCACCUCAUUACUCGCCUAUACUUGUAUUUCACAUAACAAACUAUAUUCUAAGGAACCCGGAACGACAGAAGGAAGUGAUGGAAUGGUACCUGAGUGCUUUGUCAUUGGAGCGCAAACCUUUGACUCAACUUCAAUGGUCCAAUUAUGCGGCAAAUAUAAUC